CCGCCGCCUUGGCAGCACUGGGCGGGGGGCCGGGGGGCCGGGUGGGCGUGUCCCGGCGGCGGCUGUAAACAAUUCCACGUGUGGCGGGCCGCGGACGAGGCUCAGUCCCACAGCCUAACCAGCCCCUGAACACUCCAGAAGAAGAGGCCAGCAGGGUCAGGGUCAGGAGGGCAGAGCUUCACCCACUGGGCGGCAGGAAUGGACUUUAGUUCUGUUUCACCUGGGGAAAAAUUGGACUCACAGCUUGAAGUUCAUGAAGAGAAGGAAGAAUUUUCUGAGAGCCAUGCAGUAAGAGUGAAGGCCCCGGGGGUCUCUGCUGCCUCCAUUGCUUCAGCCCAAACAGACAGCAUUCAUGGGAAAAGCUCAGGCACACAGCUUACAGGCAGCCAAGACAGCAAGGGUAAGGGUGGUGGGGUACACUCACCCCAGACCCUGAAGCAGAAGAGAGAGAAGGGGAGUGCAGAGGAGAAGUGGGGCUCCAGUGAAAGCAGAGCACCCCUGACUCACUCCUUGACAGUGGACGCUCCUGAUGGCAUCAAAUCAGACAUCCGGCACAUCAUGUCUCGGCAGCGGUCAGCAUCCCUGGCGUCCCUUGAGUACUACAGGACAGAGGACACCACCCUGCAGGUGUCAGCCCCGGAGGAUGUGCCAGGAGCUGACGGGGUGAACCAGGCCCCUCCAGAUAGGCACUUCCAACAGUCACGACGCCUCCCCUUUUGGAUGUGGCUCAUCAUUGCCAAGAGUCUGGGCAUCAAGCUUCACGCACAAGACAAACCCAUCCUUGCCACUGCCCUCUACCUGCUCACCUUUGCCAGUGCCUCAGGCUUCAUCCUGAGCAACUGGUGGUUUUAUGGCUACGACAUGGCCAGUGACUACACCAAGACAACCGUCAUUGAUGCUGCAGUAAGCAUGUUCUACACACUGCUGUGGGGAGCCCUGGGCCUCUACUCCAACAAGCUGGCCUUCAAGUUGUUCAGCCAUACUAAGUUCUUGGACAUGCUGCGGCUACACUCCAAGACAAUCCUAAAGAUGAACGCAUCGGUGGUGCUAUUCUCACUUAUGCUUCUCAUUGUCAUAUUCAACAACAUCAGCGCAUUCCCGGACUUCCGGGCCAAGGCUUGUGAAGCAGUGGGUGUGGAGGUGCUGGUGUGCCGGACCAGGUACAUCUUCCGGGUGAUCUACUCCUUCUUUGCCGUCCUCUGGAACUACCUGGUGGCCUUCGUGCUUGUGUCUACUUGCCGCACGCACGUCAUAGGGAUACGAAGAUUCAUGAAGGCCCUGGAGAAGGAUGCCAGGACCUAUGAGUCAGGGCUGAUGGGUCAAGCACAGCCACCUGCAGCAGAGACACCUGUGCUUGAAGAGUACACAUGGGUGGAUGAGGACUACUUGGACGAGCUGAUUGAGCCCAGUCCGAGUGAUGAGCACGAGCCGGGGUCAUCCAUCCUCUCCAGAAGGCAGAGACACUCUGGUGAGAGCCACGGCCGGGAGCAGGAGGCGCCGCCAUCACCCCCUGCCAGAGGGCCGGCUGCCACUGUCCCCUGUCAAGGCAGCUUCUCCCCCAUGCCAAGCACACUCUCUGAGCCUCUUCCCAAUGCUAGAAAGAUCAGCACGGCCAGCUUUUGUUUCCCACCCAUGUCUGAGACUCCGGCAGCCAAGACAGCGGGAGUGAUGAGCAAUGCUGAGAUUCUCUUCAGGUUCUGGAAGAUACAGUCCCGCUUGAAGAUGUCGUCCAUGGCGCUGCAGCGGUGGAUGAUGUCCAUCAUUUCGCUGGUGGUCAUGUGGCUCGCCAUGAACCUCGUCAUCUGGCUCAACAUCAACCCCUCCCUCAUAGACCUGGCCAACUUCUUCCUGCCACUGUCUCUCCUUCCCCUCCUGGCCUCUGCCUAUGCUGAGGUGAACCAGGAAGGCCAGCGUCUAAUUAAGUUCAUCUGCCCCCUGGAGGAGAGGCUACAGCUGAUAUACGUGCUGCAGAUGUCACCGCUACAGAUGACAGUGUAUGGCUUUAGCCUGACCUACUCCACCAUCACCACAGCAGCCUUUGGCAUCCUCUUGGCCUUUGCUUCAAAAGUGUUGAUUCAAGAGAUAUCAGGUGGGAUGGUCACAGCCGCUAGUCCCAGGUAGGCUUGCCUGCUGCUUGGUUGUCUUGUUUUUCUUGCUGUGAUCGGCUUCUCCUGAAAGUUGGGAAGGAUAAAACACAAAGAGGAAAGAAAACUGUUUUAGAGUUUACCAGUGAUAGAGAUGAAAGAAGGAAGAUACUGGUUAACCUUUGCAUUAGGAAGUUGGUGGGAAUUGCAUAGAGCAAGGCUUCUGAAAGUGUGGGGACAUAGAGUUAACAAGCUGAAAAGAGAAGUUUACAUGAUAAGGCAAGGCAGUAAGGGAAGCAACAUUGUGCCUUACCUGUGCCUAUAAACUUUUAUAAGCAUCAAAUGCAGCUGUGUACCUAACUGGUGUAUUGAAUCUUGCGUGUCUUCUUACUGUAUAUACUCUGGUCAGGCAAAUGUUGUCUAUUAAUUUUAAGAACAAAUAUUUGAAUUGUACUAUUCUAGGGAGUUCCUCCUCCUCCUCCUCCUUAUCAUCAUUAUCGUCAUCUUCCUCUUUCCCUAGAGGUCAACCUCUCCAGCACACUGCCCUACACACAAGUAUAUACAGAAAACAUUUUAAUAUUUUAAUGGAAUGAUAUAUUUUUAUUAUUAUUUAUAAGCUGCCGCACAUUAACACAGACAGAAAAUAAUGGAAUGAUAUAUUUUUGAUCAAUAUGUAUAAGCUGCCAGCAUAUUACUUUAAUGUAGGCAGAAGAAUAUUUUAGUGGAAUGAUAUAUUUUUGACCAUUAUUUAUAAGUUGCCAGCAGGUUACUCUCAGUGUGAGUAAUGCAGGCAGAAAAGAUCUUAAUGUCAACAGAAUAUUUUUAAUCAAUAAAUUUUAUGUAGCAGAAAGUAA